CAUAUAAUGAAGAUAUACCAACAAAUUGUCUAAAACCAUUUUUAAAUUUAAUUAAGACUCAAACUGAACUCAAAGAAUUUGAGUUAAAAUAUUUUAGCACAACUAGAAUCAAGUUUGAUAAAAAUAAUCUUGCAAAUCUUGUACUAAACUUGGAAGUUUUAUCAAUAAAACACUCUUUUGGAAAUCCUUUUGGAGAUCAAAAUAAUUUACAAAAUCUUAAAAAACUUAAAUUAGUAGAUAAUAAUAUAGAAUUAAAUAGAAUUAUGCUAAAGACAAAAUGCAAAUCAUUAAAAUUUUUUAUAAUUAAUGAGAAGGAAUUAAGCAAUAAAGUAAAAGAAGAAUUUAUUUUUUUACUUUGUCAAAAUUAUCUAAAUAUAACUACUUUAUGUUAUGUAACUGAUAAUCUUAUGUUCUCUUCUACACUUAGAAAAUUUUAUAAGCUUUGUCAAUUACAAAUAGGAGGAUUUGCUUAUUAUAAUCUUUCUUAUAGUAGUCAAGAUUAUCUACAAACCUUAAUCAGAUAUUUGCCUAGCUCUUUAAAAAUUCCUAGCUUACUUAAUAUUUAUGAUUAUAGUUAUGAAAAUUUAAAUUGUUUUUUACAAGAUUUUGAUAUAGAAAGGGUGAAGUUAGAAGUUUUUAUACUACCUUUUAAUGUUGAGCUUGAUCUACUUCUAAAUUUAAGAAAAUUUAUUGAAAAAGCUAAACAUUUAAGAUAUAUAGAAAUA